UAUUCCUCGAGUGAAAGUUACACGAUCUGUAUUUUUUCUGAUCGUGCAUCCUAGUUAGCGAGCAAUCCCCAUCCCAACAGAGAAAAGGAAGCCAUGAAGCAGACCGUCGUUCUGUACCCCGGCGCCGGAGUCGGCCACGUCGUGCCCAUGGCGGAACUCGCCAAAGUCUUCCUCAACCACGGCUACGACGUCACCAUGGUGCUCAUCCCGCUGCCCUUCAAGUCGGCCGACUUCGGCGCCGGUGUCAUCGAGCGCAUCGCCGCCUCCAAUCCGUCCAUCACCUUCCAUGUCCUCCCUCCGAUUCCACUCGCCGACUUCACCAGCUCCGGCAAGCACCCAUUCCUCCUCAUGCUCCAGAUGCUGCACCAGUACAACGAGAACCUCGAAAGCUUCCUCUGCUCCAUCCCGCGGCAGCGCUUGCACUCUCUGGUCAUCGACAUGUUCGUCGUCGACCCCAUCGACGUCGCCACGAAGAUGGGCAUCCCGGUCUACACGUUCGUCCCCUCGGGCGCAUCAGCUCUGGUUGUCUUAACCCAGGUCCCUACGCUGUUGGCCAGUAGGCAAACGGGCUUGAAGGAGCUGGGGGACACGCCCCUCGAGUUCCUUGGGGUUCCGCCCAUGCCGGCGUCUCAUCUCGUCAAGGAACUGCUCGAGAACCCCGAGGACGAGAUGUGCAAGACCAUGGCCAACAUUAUUAAGCGCGGCAUGAACACCAGGGGAGUUCUGGUGAACACGUUUGAGUCGUUGGAGAGCCAGGCAGUGCAGGCGCUUAGGGAUCCCCUUUGCGUCUCCGGCCAGGUGCUGCCUCCAAUCUACUGCGUUGGGCCGUUGGUUGGCAAUGGCGCGAGGGAUGGUGAAAAGGCGGAGAGGCACGAGUGCCUCGCUUGGCUCGACGCUCAGCCUGAGCGCAGCGUCGUGUUCCUAUGCUUCGGGAGCAUGGGUGCACUCCCCGAGGAGCAGCUCAAAGAGAUCGCCGUCGGCCUUGACAAGUCCAGUCAACGAUUCCUGUGGGUCGUGCGCACGCCGGCCAGCAUCGAUGACCCAAAGAGGUUCUUGGAGCAACGCCCCGAUCCGGACCUCGAUGCACUUCUGCCGGAGGAAUUCUUGGAGCGGACCAAGGACCGGGGCCUCGUCGUCAAGUCUUGGGCACCGCAGGUGGAAGUACUCCACCACCCGGCGACGGGGGCAUUCGUGACCCAUUGUGGGUGGAACUCGACGCAGGAGGGCAUCAUGGCGGGGAUCCCAAUGUUGUGCUGGCCGUUGUAUGCGGAGCAGAAGAUGAACAAGGUGUUCAUGACCGAGGACAUGGGCGUCGGAGUGGAGAUGGAGGGGUACAGGAUGGGUUUCAUCAAGGCCGAGGAGGUUGAGGCGAAGGUGAGGCUGGUGAUGGAGUCUACGGAGGGGAGGGAGCUCAAGGCACGAGUGGCGGCCCGCAAGAAAGAAGCGGAGGCCGCGCUAGAGGUUGGUGGGUCGUCUCAGGCGGCGUUUCUUCAGUUCUUGUCCGACGUGGAGAAUAUUGGAGAGCAGCUCGGCAAGUGACGAAUUUACCGUUGCGUUUGGUGCCUUUGUUAGUUCUGUUCUCCACCAACAUACCAUAAUUUUCUACGUCAUAUCAUUUGUUUGUCUAUUCACAACUUUUUUUACGCUAUGUGAAGUUCAAUAA